AACGUGUUUCUAUGCAGCACCGGAAGCAGACGGUAUUGAUAUAGCGGAACUCCUGCCUAUGUUCCGGUCUCUAUCGUGUCAGCUUGUGGAGGAAGAUGACGAAGGGAACAUCGUCAUUCGGUAAGCGUCGCAACAAGACGCACGCACUGUGUCGCAGGUGUGGCUCCAAGGCUUACCAUCUCCAAAAAUCAACCUGUGGAAAAUGUGGUUACCCCGCCAAGCGCAAGAGAAAGUACAACUGGAGUGCCAAGGCCAAGAGACGUAACACCACUGGAACUGGACGUAUGAGGCACCUGAAAGUUGUGUACCGCAGAUUCAGGAAUGGAUUCCGUGAAGGAACAACCCCCAAGCCCAAGAGAGCUGCUGUUGCAGCUUCAAGCUCCUCUUAAAGACUUCAGUUAAAUAAA